GUGUGUGUGUGUGUGUGUGUGUGUGUGUGUGUGUGUGUGUGUUCUCUCAGGAAUGGUCAGUCUCUGGGCACAGCGUUCAGCAACAUUAAGAUGGGUCCGGGCGUCGCUUACUUUCCUGCCAUCAGCCUCUCCUUUAAAGAGUCGGUGGCUUUCAACUUCGGCAGCAGACCGCUCAGGUAUCCUGUGGACGGCUACAUACCGCUCCAGAACCCCCCAACUACAGACCUCAUGAAAGCCCACAAACUGCUGGGCUACAUCAAGAAUGUCCUCUCCACUUCCAUCGACGCACAGGAGGAGAGGUUGGUGGAGAAGGACUGUUCAGUCUGGAGGCUUCAUGGAGAACCUACAGUCCUCGUCACCAUGGCUCACAUCUUCAACCACUUCGCUCCGCUCAUGUGUAAAGUGUACCUGGUGGAGGACGUGCUGAUGAACUUUCUGUUGGGGAUUCUGGAGGGAGGCGGUUCAGUGGAACACCAGCUCAUACAGCAGCUUCUGGAUCUCUUCUGGCUGCUGAUGGAGGACUAUGAAGUGAACGAGUGUCUGAAGCAGCUGAUGAUGUCCCUGCUGAGGGCUUACCGCUUCUCCCCCAUCAUCCCUGAUCUGGGCUUCCAGAUCCACUUCCUGCGUCUGACGACGGCCAUCCUGCACCACGAGAAGUCCAGGAAAUACCUGCUCAACAAUGUCUUGUUUGAUGUGCUGCGUUCAGUCGUGUUUUUUUACAUCAAGACCCCUCUGAGAGUGAAGGAGGCGGGGCUAGAGGAGCUCAUCCCGACCACCUGGUGGCCCACGCACUUCGACAAGGAGGGGAAAGAUGAGCGAGAGCCCAAAGAUGAAAGUGCAGAUGAGCGACUGAGACGGAGAGCGUAUGAGAGAGGCUGCCAGAGACUGAAGAAGAGGAUCGAAGUGGUGGAAGAGUUGCAAGUUCAGAUCCUGAAGCUGCUGCUCAAUAACAAAGACAAAACUACGGGAGAAGCCUCUCGCUACAUCUUCCUCAAUAAGUUCCGCAAGUUUCUCCAAGAAAAUGCCAGUAACAGAGGGCACCCGACCGCUCUGUGCCCUCCUGAGUACAUGGUGUGUUUCCUCCACCGCCUCAUAACGGCAGUGAGGGCCAGCUGGGACGACGGCAGCAGGAAGAGCCCGAGCAGCAUCAGCAGUGAGGACGCCUACGUCCCCCCACAGCUCUUCUACAACGGGAAGGUGGACUACUUUGACCUGCAGAGACUGGGGGGGCUCCUGUCCCACCUGAAGAAAACACUCAAAGAUGACUUGGCCAGUAAAGCCAACAUCAUCAUCGACCCUGCAGAGAUCCAGGCCACGUCUAUGGAUGACCUGGAUGAGGACGAGGAGAGCGGAGCAGCUCAGAGGCCGUUUGGUGCGGCGGCGAUGGGCGGGGCUCUGGCGAGGCCCAGCUGGUUGAGCUCUCCUACUCUGGGUCGAGCCAAUCGCUUCCUGAGCACGGCCGCCGUCAGCCUCAUGACGCCCAGACGACCCCUCACGCAGCCGGAGAAAGUGAAGAUCCGCACCCUCGCUGUGGAGCAGAGGACCGAGGAGGACAUCGAGGGAAGCCAUGGUAACGACGGCCUGUUGCUGGGGCGACCGCUGGAGGAGCCCGAGCAGCCAAUCGCGGACAAGUCGCUGCUGGAGAUCGUCGACGGUAUCGUGAUGAUGUACAACCUGAGCGUCCACCAGCAGCUCGGAAAGAUGGUGGUGGUUUCAGAUGACGUCCAUGAAUACGCCGUCGCACUCAAGGACACCGAGGAGAAGAUCGCACGAUGCCCCGCAAAAAGACCAGACAUCCUGGACGAGCUCCAGAAGAGCCAGAAGGUGUUUGCAGAGAAGCUGAACCACCUCUGCAGGAGACUGGCCUGGAUCAACGCCACCAUCUACUCCAAGGUGAUCCAGAUCCUCCACACACCCGUCUGUCCUCAUUCAUAGUCUGUAUAGUCUCAAACUCUAGUCACUCGAGUGACUUUUUGUUUUCUUUUAGGUUUUUUCUUAUAAGUUUCUAUCUAUUUACAUGUUGUGUUUUUUUCACUUAUUUUCUGCCGAUGCACAUUCUUUGUUUGUCUUGACCGUUCUCUAGAAUACAAUAUCUUAGGAACGACUGGAGGGAACUUUUUUCAGAUUUGGCACAAACAUCCACCUGAACUCAGAGAUGAACUGAUUACAAUUUGGUGGUUAAAGCUCACUGUGACCUCACAAAACAAGCUUUUGGCCACAACCAGGCGGCAACCUCCGGU